CACAAAAACAAACACACACACACACACUCUCUCUCUCUCUCUCUACAUCGCGCUCCCGCACUGUCGCUCUGAUCAGGGUGGAGCAGGCAGCCUCCUCCUCCUCCUCCGCCUCGGUGUCACCGUGCUGCGGGAAGUCGCUCGCUCGCGCGCUCGGGAAUGGUGGUCGGCGGGUGAAGCUCCUCUCCAGUUGGGAGACAUGGAGGACUCGGAGAGCGCCGCGGAUGACGGACUGCUGGCCACCUGGCGAUGGAGCCGUAACGCGCGGGAGCAGGUACAGCUGAAGCAGAAGAUCAGAGACCUGCCCGGUUUACUGAAGCACGGCUUGCAUUUGAGAAAGAAGAGCCAGUCACCUGACACCGUCCCCGGACCCAGUACUGGCGUCCACACCAAAUCCAAGCCGUCAUGCUCUCAGAGUUUUCCCUGCGCAGGCCGCGCACUUAGAAAUGCAUUUCUGUCCCACGGCCCGUAUCCAGCCAAAGACAAGAUCCACUUGGCACGGAUCAUCAGGAGGAGUUAUGUAGGUGUGGAGCUGGUGCAGUGGCUGCUGGAGCAGUGUGUGUUUGUCCAGUGCAGGAUGAUGGCUGCCCGGGUUUGGCAGGUGCUGCUGGAGCUUGGCAUUCUGCACUCAGUGGACCAGCGAGUGGUGUUCGAAGACUCCAACACAUACUACCAGUUCUCCUUCGAGGAGUGUGACACGCAGGGCUGUGAGUUUCGCUCGGAGGAGGAGUGGCAGAACGGAGUCAGACUGCUCAUGCAGCUCGUCCCCUACGUCCAGUUCAGGGUGGUCAGUCCUCCCGAAGAGGAUCCCGAAGGAAAACGGGAUAUCUGUGGCGAAAUUCUGCAGAUGAAAGCUUUGGAAAGGCUUACAUCCACGGUACAAAACGAACUAGCUGCUGCCCUGGCAAGGAAAGCACGGAAAUCAAUGUCUGAGGACGACAGUUCGGAAACUGGAGAAAGUUCCCCACAAGAACCACAGAAGCCAAUUGAAGACAAAGCCAAGGUACAGAGAAUUCUAAAGCCACCAGACUUUGUCCCCUUAUUCUGUCUGCCAGUGUGUGUGGGAGAGAUGGGCAGCAUGACGUGGGACUGCGGGCUGAAGUAUCUCUUUUCUCUGCCUCCGGCUCUGCAUCAGGAUGGUGUGUGUGCGCUGAGGUCCCCCGACGAGUUUUCACGCCUGGAGAUGGUGCAGAGGCUGGCCAAGGAUGGCUGCCGCUUCCUCCAGAACCAGAACUACAGACUACCUGAACGCUCCGCACAGGCGCAGGGCGAGGCAGCGGUGCGGGUGUGUUUGAAAGAGAGGGGUCAGGAUGUGCUGGUGCUCCAGAGAGUGGCGUCUGAUCGAGCAUCGCCUCAAACAGCGGGAGGAGUCAAAGAGGACGACGGCGAUAGGAGGUACGUGGUUGUGUCUGGGACACCCCAUAAGAUCCUGGAGCACCUGCUGAGUGACCUGAGGCUUGACGAACACCAGGGGGCGAUGGAGGGCAAAGAAGCCGAGAUGCUGCUGGAUGACUUUUUGCUCACCUAUCUCGUGUUCAUGUCCACCAACGAUCUCUGCCAGGCGCUGCUCGGCCAUUACUGCACUAAGCGCUGCCGGGGUAAGGAGGAAGGAAAGGAGGCCCUCUACAGGAAGAGGAAGGUCCUGCACCUCGUCUCACAGUGGAGCUCUCUGUAUAAAGACUUCCUGCGGGAGGAAGAGCACGUCAAACUGUUCAUGAAGACGCUGUACCGCUAUGUCCUGGAGGACGUCUAUGAGUUCCCCACCCUCGAGAAGGACCUGAAGGAGUUCCAGAAACUUCUACGCCGCAGACACACUGUGGAUGAUUAUUCACCUCACCAAAAGAACAAAGCUCUUUUCCAGCAGUUGAGUCUGCGGGAGAAUGGCGUCCAGCUCCGUGGAGCACACAGUGAGCAGCGAGAAGUAAUGUGUCAUGUGUACGUGAGCUCAGACUCGUAUCUGAGCAUGAGAGUGAGGACAACAGUAGUGGCUCAGGAGCUCCUGCAUACCGUGGCUCAGAGGAUGGAGAAACCUGUAGAGGACAUGGUGCUGGUGGCCCAGACCUACACCGGAGAGAAACGUGUCCUUCAGCCUCACGACUGCAUUUUCUCCGAGUCCCUGGCUCUUCCUGGGAGACUGAUGGCCUGCUGGAGAGACCUGAAUGAGAUUCUGCCUCCCCUAACAGACUGCGUGGAAUUGGCACAGCGGCCGUCGCGUCUCCUCGGCAUCAACACGUGGGACGUCUCUGUGGCUCUCACCAACCUCGACUGGAGCCUGUUCAACUCUGUACACGAGCAAGAGCUGGUGUACUACACGUUCAGUCGACAGGCGAGCAGUGGCCACACGGUGGCGCUGGAGCAGCUCCUGCAGCGCUGUAACGAGGUUCAGCAGUGGGUCAUGUCCGAGGUCCUGCUGUGUCCUUCGCUCGGAAAACGAGUCCAGCUGCUCAAGAAGUUUAUUAAGAUCGCUGCGCACUGUAAAGCACAGAGGAAUCUGAACUCCUCCUUUGCCAUCAUUAUGGGCCUAAACACAGCAGCAGUGAGUCGACUCAAUCAGACCUGGGAGAAAGUUCCUGGAAAAUUCAAGAAGCUUUUCUCCGAACUCGAGUUAUUAACUGACCCGUCUCUAAACCACAAGGCCUACAGAGACGCCUUCAGGAAGAUGAAGCCGCCCAAAAUCCCCUUCAUGCCUCUGCUGCUUAAAGAUAUCACUUUUAUUCACGAGGGAAACAAAACAUUUCAUGAUAAUCUCGUCAACUUCGAGAAGCUGCACAUGAUUGCAGACACCGUCCGUCACAUACGCCACUGUCAGACCGAACAAACCGGAAGUGAAGUUGCCCCGAGCGACAGCGUGGACAUGAGAUCCAGCGUGCACUACCUUCACAUUAUUGACAAUCAGCAGACUCUGUUCGAGCUCUCGCACAGACUGGAGCCCAGAGCGUAACACCUCCACCUGCUGGAUGCUCACUAGAAACGCAACAGCAUCUUCCUACUCCUGCUCACCGUGACACGUGUGCUGUGUCUUUCUUUCGUCUUUGUAAGCAGGUUCUCACAGAGGGAUCACUCAGAUUCCUUAGCACUGACUGAACAAACCGUCUCGUUUUUGGUGGCAUGCACUCGUUUGACCACUAGAUGGAGAGGUUGAGCCCCUUCAUGAAUAAAUACCAGUAUGAUCCUGUGGUGUUUAUAAUGCUUUUAUUGUCUCUGCUGAGUCAAUAUUCACUAGUCGAUGUGUGGACGAGCCAGAUGACAUGACGUCAGACGUAUGAAGAUUUUUGAAGUUGCUACUUUUUUUCAAUGUUCUAUAGCACGUCUUUUUUCCUAGAGCUCCACGCUGGAGCAUACUGUGCUGUUAUUUUAUGUAUGUUUCAACUAUAUUACAGUCGAGAAGUAAUAUCGGGACACGACCCAGGUGUCACGCCAGUUUUCAGGGACUGAUGCCUGAGAUCCAGGCCACGUGUGACAAAAGCAGGACAGAGACGGGAAUGUGCUACAUCUGGACCCAGAGAUGUCAAAACCAUGGUUAAUACAGACUUUGUAAUUAUAAAUAUCGUCAGUCGUUGUGAUAUAUUUGUUUGAAUCUUUCCAGUGGAAGUGGUUUUAGCCCAGCUUCCGUAACACAGUAUUAUUAUCGGAUACAUGGUUCUUUUUCUUCUGUGCAAUGCUUCAGACUCCUGAGUGCAGUGUUCGUUUCUCGCUUCACAUGAGCCAUCAGGUUUACUUUCUCUGAUGCCACAUUCGACCGAAUCGAUUUAAGCAGGAGGCUAUUUACAUUUCAUUUAUUAUUAUUAUUUGUAUUAUUUUUUUUAUUUUUUUUGCAUGCGUGCACAAAAUGUAAUUGCACUUAUUAUAUCUUUGUUUAUGCAGUAAUGUGUAAUAUUGUAUAUAAGUUUAUAAAUGUACAAGUUUAUCGUGAGGCAUCUGCUUACAUAUUCGAUUUGUGUGCCAAAUAUUAUAUUGGGAGAGUGAUUUAAUAUUUAAUAUUAAAACUUGUGAAACUUUAGCCUUAUGUGCAGCUAUUAGAUUUUGCAAAAAACAAACAAACAAAAAAAAAAUUAAAAAUGCCCAGACGUUCAUUUAUUUUUGGGUUAUACAAAUAUGAAAUACCUUUUUGCUCUAUGGGGAGUCCAUUUGUCUCAUUUUUAGCGCCCUCUGCUGGCUGGACUCUGAUAAUAUUUAAAUUCAACACUGACACUCUUUUGAAAGGAGUAUGAUUAAAAAAAAAAAAAUAAAUAAAUAAAUAAAUAAAAAGAAAGAAAGCCAUGAAUCUUUUUGCAGUAUUUUUGGCUCGAAUAAACACUGCACAUUUCUUACUGACAUUUUUAUGCCAUUAGAGGACUGAGGCAUUCAUAAUUAUUUAUUAUUUCAUUUUGUUAUUUAUGUUUCACGAAGGAUGAUAACAGUGCAGAAUAUCAUUUCUAUAAAUCUCCUGAUAUAUAUAAAUAUAAAAAUAAAACUAUACUGUAAUAUUUUAAUAUGGUAAACUGUAUGUUUGGGUUUUUGUUUGUUUUUUUGUUUUUUUCAGUAACCUUAAAAGAUUAAAAGGUUAAAAGAGUUGACUUGACUCAAGUGUUAGGGGGAAAAACCUGUUUUAGAGGCUUAUUGUAUUUUGUUGCUGUUGAAAUUUUUUCACACCAUGUCAGCUGGUUUGCAUGUGGUAACCACACCAAAACACACGAAGAUGAAAACCGCAAUCAUAAAUAUAAAUAGAUAUGCUCUGUAUUAUUUAUGUAUCAAAAAUGCAAAGCAAUAUGGUUACCUUUUGUGUGUUUUCCCUCCGUUGCUAUAGAAACCACAAACACCUUUUCUAUAAUAUGCAUUUUUACAGCAAAUGAGUGAAUAAAACAUUUAUGUAAUAUUA